AUGCCUCAGUUAAGAAGCCUAGAGCGUCGUCUCAUUAAGUCCCCUGAUCAAGCAGCUAUCUACCAGGCUGAGAUUAAAAGACUAGAACAGGCUGGGUACAUCGCUGAACUGCAGUCGGGAGAAGAAGAUCCUCAAGUGAGCUGGUAUAUCCCACACCAUAUGGUUGAACAUAACGGGAAACAUCGAGUGGUUUUCAAUUGUUCAUUCCAGUUCCAAGGGAACAACCUCAAUGAAUUGUUACUUCCAGGACCAACGCUGACUUCCUCACUACUGGCUGUGCUAUUAAGAUUCCGGGAACAUUCUAUCGCUAUCAGUAGUGACAUUAAGGGAAUGUUCCACCAGAUUAGACUUCUGCCUGAAGAUCGGCCCCUUCUCCGUUUCUUAUGGAGAGAUUUAGAUAUGGAAGUGAAGCCCAGGGUCUAUGAAUGGCAAGUUCUCCCCUUUGGGACCACUAGUAGCCCAUGUUGUGCUGUCUUUGCCAUGCAGAAGCACAUCCUGGAAAACAGUCAGCCUGGUGAAAAGGUACGUGAUGCGGUAUUGAAGGCAUUUUAUGUUGACAAUUAUCUGCAAAGUCUACCUUCUGUAGAUGAAGCAAAGCUAUUGGUAGAUCAACUGCAGAGUGUCUUAGCAGAAGGAGGAUUCGAACUCCGGCAAUGGGCCAGCAAUUCACCCACAGCUAUUAGUCAUUUGCCAGCAGCAUCCAGAUCUGACAAUGCUGAGCAAUGGAUUGCUAAGGGUAAUUCUCUCAACCAUGAAUCAGUGCUUGGUCUACAGUGGAACUGUGAAACUGAUACCUUGUCCUAUAAGGUCCGUGCUGUAGAGUGCCGGGAAGUCACCAUGCGUAACAUCUAUAAAGUGCUUUCCAGCCAAUAUGAUCCUCUUGGCUACAUCGUCCCAUAUACCACUCGUGCAAAGGUAAUAGUGCAGCGAUUAUGGGAUAAGAAGAGAGACUGGGAUGAUCCUAAAUUACCUGAGGAUUUAGUGAACGAGUGGAACAGAUGGUCAAAGGAGCUCAAUGACUUACAACAUAUAGCUUUACCCAGAUGCUAUUGCAGUGCACCAAAGGAUAAUGUUUCAAGCCAGCGUGAUAUCCAUAUCUUUUGUGACUCAUCCGAGUGUGCCUAUGGGUCUGUCGCCUAUCUCCGAACAGAAGAUCAAAACGGAGAGGUGGAAAUCACAUUCAUAGUAGCCAGGUCAAGAGUGGCUCCUAAGAAACGUUUGUCGAUCCCUUGUCUAGAACUAUGUGCAGCUCUGACAGGUGCUCAGUUGGCUAAGAUCCUGCAGAAUGAAUUGACUUUGCCCAUUCACCAAGUUUUUCUUUGGUCUGAUUCUACCACAGUUUUAACCUGGAUUAAAUCUGAAUCCUGUCGAUUCAAAGUUUUCGUUGGUACACGAAUAACCGAGAUUCAGGACCUUACCAGCUACUGUGAAUGGCGGUAUGUGGAUUCAGAGAGUAACCCUGCGGAUGACAUUACUCGAGGUAAAAGAUUGGCAGAACUAGGGCCACAAAGUCGUUGGAAUACAGGACCAUCAUUCCUUCAGCUUCCAUCAGAUCAGUGGCCGGUUACACCUCCAUCCUGUGCUAUAGCUGGUGAUGAACUAAGAAACUCUACGUUUUGUGGUCUGUCUAAUAUUGUACCUCAUUUGUCUAUACCUGAUCCAAGUAAAUUUCUGACCUUUCAAGAGUUAUUGACUGCCACUGUAGAAUCUCUCAGGGAAAAUGGAACCAGCAUAUCAGCUGUAGACUUUCAACAGGCUGAAAUGGCUAUCCUUCAGCAAGCUCAGUGGGAAAGCUUUCCUUCUGAGAUGGCACAACUUAUAGCAGGAAGACAACUAAAUACUAACAGUCGACUACUUAGCCUUGCCCCUGAACUUGACCCUGCAACGCAGCUCCUACGGAUAGGAGGACGUCUUCGUCGUUGUGAAGAUAUUGAGUCUGGGUUGAUGCAUCCUAUUGUCCUUGAUCCCCAACAUCCAGUCACUACCCUUCUCAUUAAGGACUAUGACAUAAAGCUAUUCCACCCAGGUCCUGAGAGAGUACUGGCAGAGAUGCGCAGGAAAUACUGGAUCCUUCGGGGUAGGGAAGCAAUUCGACGUUAUCAGCGUAAAGAUUGUCCAGUAUGUCAGAAGUUUCGUAAAACCCCACAGAUACCCAGAAUGGCAGAUCUGCCUCCAGCCAGACUACGUCUAUUCAAACCUGCCUUCUAUUCUACUGGCAUUGAUUGUUUCGGGCCAUAUCUGGUAAAAAUUGGGCGUAGAAGUGAGAAGCGCUGGGGUAUCUUGUUCAAGUGCAUGACUACACGUGCAGUGUACAUUGACCUUCUCCCAAGACUUGAUACUGACUCUUUCCUCAUGGCCCUCAGGCGUUUUAUAGCUAGACGUGGAAAACCUUUUGAGGUCUUGUGUGACCAGGGCACCAAUUUUAAAGGAGGAGAAAAGGAACUGCAUCAGACAUAUACUGAACUAGCUCCAGAGCUUCAGGAACAGCUUGCCUGUCAGCAGAUUAUCUUUCGUUUCAACCCACCACAUGCCCCACAUUAUGGUGGGUGUUGGGAAAGGGAAAUUCGUUCCUUGAAACAAGCUCUACAGGUGACUCUAGGAACUCACCCAAUUCCAGAGGAAACUCUUCAUACUGUGCUCAUCGAGAUUGAAGGAAUCCUAAAUUCUAAACCCUUGGGGUAUACAUCCUCUAAUGCAUCUGAUCCAGAUUCCAUCACUCCAAAUUCGCUCCUUAUGGGGCGGCCUGAUUCAUCCCUUCCUCAAGUGAUAUACCCUCAAAGUGAACUAUUGAGUCGACGUCGUUGGCGUCAUAGCCAAGUUAUAGCAGAUCACUUUUGGAAGAGAUUCAUCCAGUUCUACUUACCUGGCCUCCAGAUUCGUGGCAAGUGGCAGCGAGAGUCACCUGAUAUCAAGGUGGGAACAAUCGUUAUGAUUGUGGACCCUCAUUUCCCCAGGGCCCGAUGGCCUAUUGGCCAGGUUUCUCAAGUAUUCACAGGGGUGGACAACAGAAUCAGGACUGUUGAAGUGAAAGUUAAAGAUAAAUCUUAUGUGCGACCUGUGGCAAAGGUUAUACAGCUACCUGCAAUUCCAGACUGAAAAUUUGACUUUGGCCUUUUUUUAUAAUGUACAGAUUUCCUCAUUCUUUAGAAAUCUGGGGGCGGCUGUUAAAAAGGCCUGCUGUAUAUGGACUUUUAUUUUGAAGGUUUUUUGGCGCUCAGCCAGGGUGUGAAUGCACCGUCAAUGCAGCAAUGUUAAAACCAGCUCCGCCCAUUUCUAGCAGGUGGUGGUGAUUUAGUGUUUGGUAGAAAUAGACCUGCAUGGAAUGGGUGAAAAAAGGGGACAUUGAUGCUUGCUUUGUUUGGUGUUGUGUGCGUAUAAUAGAUGAACCAAACCACACAUGCACAGAAAAUAAAAGACAUCAAAGAACUAAAGUUGCAUCUUCAUGUCUCUGAUCGGACGUCUGUGGUGAACUGGUCCCCCACCGGCUAUCCCCACUGGGUUAAAUCAUCCAGU